AUGGAGGGCGGACUGGGGCAUGUCCUGCAGUGUGAGGAGCAGCUGAAGAACACACUGCACAACAACGACAAGGACAAGCUCCGUCGGAAGUUGGCAGUCUUACAAAAAGAAUACCUCCGAACAGUCCAGAGACUAAAGCGGGCUGAGCAUGUGGAGUCCCGACGCACACACGUGAGGAGCCGAAUCACACUGCACAACCACCAUGACGAAUCAGAAGCAGAUGUCAAACCCAUACGUUCAUCUGUAGCUGAGGAAGAGGGAUCCGAGGGAUGCAAGGGCCCUCAACCAGGCCUGGAGCAGAUACCACAGCUUUCUUAUGGUGUGACCACUUCACUUCAGAAGAACCCACUGAGAUCCCAGGCGGUUCACUUCUCCCUCAUGCCCGAUGGAGCCUACUCCCCAACCUCAGACUCCAGCCAGGAUUCUUGCCAGAAUCCCCGAUCCAGCCUAGCCCACCGCCUUCGGUCCCGUCGCAGCCGCAUCCGCUGGGCAGAGAGGAGUGCCCACGCAGACCAGAGCACUGCUAACAGCCAGGAAGAACCAAAGAAAAGAGAUAAGCUGCGCUACACUGAAAAUCAGAAGAAGGCCGCUCAGAAAAACUGGACUGGUUUUCUCCUGCCUCCAUCUUCCCCCACUUUCUCCCCCCCACCUCACAUCAUCCCCCUUCUCAAAAACAUGCUGUCCUCUGACAUCCUGGACUUUCACCUCCCAGACGACCAGUUCGGAUCACUGAAGCUACUCAAACUUCACCAGAUUAUCUCCGGAGUGGAACAACUGAUUUCCAACAACUCUCUGUUGCUGAGCCCUUCCCUCGAUUCAACCACCAGCCAGCUCACCCUGCCCAAGGUCGGUGUCCUGCCCAGAGCCCUCCCACUGCCUCUGGUCUACAGCGUUCCCAGACCUAAUGUGCUCACUCCACCUGGGGCGCCCGAGAGCCACUGUCAAGCGACGGUCUACAGCAGUCCCAGCUCCGACACGCUCUCAUCCUGCCUGCCACCAGCAGAGACCGGGCUCGCAGAAAGGAUACUGCCCGAGAGACUCAUGCCGAGACGGGGAGAGGGUGCAGGAGAUUCCACAUGCAGUUUAAAGGGCUGGGCCUGUGCGCGCCUGGUGGACAUGUGCUGUGUGCCCUCCUCCUCUGGUUCUCUGAGUCUGGCUGCAGCUGGACAGUGGAUUGUGAGUCUGUGGAGCCAGAGAGGACCUCAAAACGAAUGGAACCUCACUCACACCUGGAGCUUUGUAGCGCCUGUUCUCCGAGUGUUCCCGAUCCCAGACACUCCAGACUGCAUAUGUUUGACACUGGGUCAACUGGAAAUUCAACAAGUCAGGCUGCUGUCCUGUUCCUCUCUGGGACAAAGCCUACUGUGUACUCGUCCCGUUCAUUUGGUCAUUGCAGCGUCCAUGUCCCGAGUGGUGUGCUGCUCUAAUGCAGACUCCUCCGCUAGACUCUGGAUCUUGAGACUGUCUAACACCAGCAGCCCUGCUGUGGCCCAUGCCCUGGUGACUCCUGGAGUCCUCCUCAGCUCCCUGGCUACUGUAGAGGGACUUUCAGAUGCUCUCAUUGGGAUGGACCAUUCUGGCUGCCUUUACAUCUGGAACAUGGUUACUGGACACCUGCUGAGGAAGCUCACACUGGGAGAGGGCCUCUCACAUUCAACCUGUCUCAGAGGAUACUCCUGCAAUGGAGCGCUGUUUGUCCUUCUGCAGCACCACAAAGAGAAAUGUAUUGAGGAACAGAACGAGGGUGUGAAGACUCCGUUUUCUCUGGUGGUUGCAAACCCCCAGAAUGACAAGUGUGUCCUGGCAACCAACCUGUCCCUCCCUGAGGACUGUAGCAGGCUUAGCUGUGCAGAGGCUCUGGGCUCUCGUGUUCUGGGUCUCAGCAGCGGCGGUUCGGUGUGCGUGUGGGACUUGGCUGAGUCUCAGAAGCCCAGACCAGUGUGUGGCUCUGUGGAGGGACUGGACUGCCACCUGGCUCGCUGGGGGACCCCAGGCAUCCUCCUCACAGCUCUGGAUAGCGGGGAUGUAACGCUGCAUUGCUAUAGUGAGGGGAGCAGCAGAGUCAUGCACACACUAAGCCCCAUGCAGACUGAGGGGAAACCAACAGCCAUGCAUAUCCAGACUCCCUGA